GUAACGUUCACCUAAGAUUAUUUCGUCUUUAACUUUGCUGCCCGUGUUAGUUCAUAUUUUACACACAUAUUAUUGACAUCCUCGAAAAUCACAAAAUGAAAAUAUGAGGAGAGGUGUAGGAAUUGCAGCAGCGAAGAACAAAUCUCUCGCUCAGGCUCGUUACAAAGACAAAGGCAAUGAGCUUGAACAAAAUCAGAUGGCCCAGAUGGCCAAACAGAUGGAGACAUUCAAGGUGAACCUGGAGGAGUUUGCGGCCAAACACAAGGAUGACAUCAGGAAGGACCCGGAGUUCAGGGUCAGCUUCCAGGAAAUGUGUGCCUCCAUAGGGGUCGACCCACUGGCUUCCAGUAAAGGAUUUUGGGCAGAGAUGCUUGGGGUGGGAGACUUUUAUUAUGAAUUGGGUGUUCAGAUUGUGGAAGUCUGCAUGGCAACCAACCACAGGAAUGGAGGGUUAAUUGGAAUAGAAGAACUAAGAGAUAAAGUGAUGGCAUCUAGAGGAAAGAAAAGCCAGGCCAUUAGUAUAGAUGAUCUCCUGCGAGCCAUAAAGAAACUGAAGGUGCUGGGGAAUGGUUUUACUGUCAUCCCCCUGGGGAAGAGUUACAUGGUGCAGAGUGUGCCAGGGGAGCUAACCAUGGACCAUACCAAGCUACUACAGGAGGCCCAGAAUGAGGGAUUUGUUUCCGAGAAGUCAUUGAUGGAUUCACUGAAAUGGGAGGAGGAGAGGGCAACCAGAGCUUUGGACUACAUGGUCAGGGAAGGGCUAGCCUGGGUGGAUGACCAGGCCACUGGGGGCAGACAGUACUGGUUCCCCAGCUUCUUCCCAGAAAUCUCAUCUGUCACUUGAUCAUGUCAAAUGAUCUACAUCUUGCAAUCUACAUGUAUUUAUAAAUAUAAGUGUAUUACAUACUUGUGGAUGUUAUUGGAAUAUGGAUGACUCCAGAUGACAAGGAAAUGAAAUAAUCGGCAUGUCUAAGGAAGACGAUUUCUUUGGAUCCUCUUUCUGCUGAUCAAGUUUUCAAUUCACUUUUAGCAUAAUAUGUCUUUCAUUUUUGAGAAGAGAGAUAUGUAUUCAUAUGAUAACUUUUUUUUUACUGAAAAAACCCUUAACUUAUGUAAUAAAUUUAUCUUAAAAAACCCU